AUGCGCGGCCUCGCGCAGGCUCUGCUGCUCGCGCCCGCCGCCCUCGUGGGAGCCGCUCCCUCCAAGAUUGCCGUGGAAAAGGCCCAAGCUGCCUCGCCCUCGACCUUCGUCACCUUUGAUAUCCCAGCCUUCAACGAUGACCAGCCCACGCCCUACACCAUCCGCCUCGAUGUCCUCGAGGCCCCCGAGCCCUGCGCCUACCCGAGUGUAAAGGUCAACGAAAGCCCCCUCGGCGGCCAGACCCUCGGCCGCGCCACCUUCGCCGGCGGCCACGACGGCACCACCUUCGUCGCCUCCUGGUCCUCCACGUGCGAAGGCGACGAGCAGCUCCUCCGCUUCGCCCUCGAGUCCGUCGCCGGCAGCGCCCUCGCCACCGACGCCGCCUUCGUCGCCCGCUUCCGCCAGACCGCCCCGGCCGCCAUCCUCGAGGUCGCCGGCAACGUCCGCCUCUCGGACCAGCCCAAGCCCAUGCCCGAGUUCGACCGCCACGACCCCAGGCCCGGCGACGACGAGGACCGCCUGCUCGAGGAGCCGCCCUUCCCCCCGCCCCCUCACCACCGCCCCCCGCGCCACCGUCCCGCGCCGCCCCCCGGCCGUCACAUGUCCCCCGAGGAGGAAGACCACGUCCGCGUCGAGCUGCACGAGCUGGACUGCCUCCGCCAUCAGCUCUUCGCCCUCAAGCACGCUAUCCACGCCAAGGAGUCCCACCUCGCCCGGGAGCACGGCAUCCUCCCGCCGCACCGCCACCGCCGCCGCCCUUCCCGGGACUGCGACUCGUUCAGGUGCGUCUUCGAGACCUUUGUGCGCCAUCUCCGCGUCAGGCUCCGCGGCGAGGGUAGCGGCAAGGGCCGUCAUCACCGCCACCACCACCACCACCACCACCAUAGCGCUCCCCCGGCCUCGUGCCCUGGCGUCCCGUUCCCCGGGCACGGAAAUGGGAACCACACUCUCACACCCCCGCCUCCUCCUCCCGAGGGACCCCCCGAGGGGCCUCCUCCUCCCUUCCAUGAGCCUCACCGCGGGCCUCCCGGACACCACGAAGGGCCUCCUCCGCCUCCCCCUCACCCCUUUGGCUGGCUGUUCCACGGCCCCCCUCCUCCACCUCACCCUCCUCAUGGACACCCUCCUCCUCCUCCCCCAGGCUUCGACGGCCACGGCCUGCCCCUCGCCGUGAAGAUAGCGGCCGCGACCCUCCUCGCCGAGAAGCGCGCCUUUCUGUCCGGCAUCAACGCCGGGAGCGUCCUCCCUCGCCGCUCCUCCAUCUCGUCGGACGAGGACGAGGACGACGACGACGACUUCGAGACCACGGAGAGCAUGACGUCCGAGAUUACGCAGUUCCGCAACGCCGCGACGCUCGUCACGGAGAUGGUCGCCGCCGAGGAGCGGAGGCAGAGGAUGCGCGAGCAGCAGCAGCAACAGCAGCAACAGCCGAGGUGCUGCUCCCCUCGCCGCGAGUGCCCCGCUGCUGUCGCGGCCCCUCCCCGUCCGGCAGCCGCCUUCGCCGAGUACAUGGACGACGACGUGCUCCCCGCGUACGACGAGCACGCCCCCUCGGUGGUCGUCUCGGACGGCUUCAGCAGCUACUCGCCCGGCUCGUCCGAGUACGUGCCCAGCGUGUCGUCGGACACGGCGUCCAAUAUUGACAGCGUCCUGGGAGACCCAAAGAACUGA